UGGAGGUGUUUAUAAAUGGGUUCCCGCUACGGAGCUUGUUCUUCAAUUUCAUUACUCAACCGAAAUAGUUUUCUUCUCCUAAUUUUCUCUUCUGUUUUUCAAAAAUGGAAGAUCAACUGAACAGAGAACUCGACCUUCUACCAUCGCCACGCACCGAUUCAUCUCUUCUCCGACUCCGAUCAUCCUCGUCGUCAAAAUCCGAACGCGGCGGUCCGUCACUCGACCUACAGCUCUCAAUCAGCGUCGGUCCACCGUCCAUGCUGAUGUGCGAAGGAGUGGAAGCACUGAAGUGGGAAGCCGCGGAGCAAAUCCGGCUAGCGGCGAUGGAAAAGGCGUACGCCGAGAGAGUAAGGGAACUGACACGGCGGGAGAUGGAAAUGGCGCAGUCAGAGUUCGCACGUGCGAGACAAAUGUGGGAGCGUGCCAGAGAAGAAGUUGAAAAAGCCGAAAGGAUCAAAGAAAGAGCAACGAGACAGGUUGAUUCCGCGUGCAUGGAGAUCACGUGUCAUUCCUGUAGGCAAAGAUUCAGACCUGCUUCAGCUUGAACUCCAUUUUCAUAGCUUCGUUCAACUUCAACCUUCCUUUCCCUCUUUCGAUUCUCUUAACACAUCUUUGUUUAGAAAACAAUAACUCGAUCAAUAUUUUAAUUAAUUAACACGUUUUCCCUUAAACCAUGGUUUGUGUGAGAUUAGUUAAUUAAUCAUGCGAUUGAGUUAGUUAAUCAUAAUUUAUAAGUACCGUGUUGUAUAUGUAAACGUUUUAUUUAAUUUGGUCCAUUAUGUGCUUUCCUACUUUGAUGUUA